UUCUAGUUUCCUUUACCAGAAGAAUUUUCCAUUUUGGUAGUUGUUAUUAAUUAAUGAAUUAAUAUGUCUUGGAAAAUUACAAGACAACCGUUCGUUAACAAUCUAGACAUUGAUUUUGUGGCGAAGGAACUGACUGUUUGUGCGGGAGCCAGAAAUAGAGGUUCAGUCCUUCAAUCACUUAAGCGGUUUAGGGUUUUGAAACUCGCCUGAAAUGAGUAGAAGGGAAGAUGAAGAUGAAGAAAAUGGGUCUCGUCUGAGACUGUUGGAGGAGUCUGUAGAUGCCAAUCCCGAUGACCCGUCGCUCCACUUGGAUCUCGGGGUAUAUCUGUGGGAGAAAGGUGGAGAGACAAAGGAGAUAAAGGAGAAAGCUGCUGAGCAUUUGGUAAUAUCGGCGAAAUUGAACCCACAGAACGCAGCUGCCUUCAAGUAUUUGGGACAUUACUAUUCCCGUCUCUCCCACGAUUCGCAGAGGGCUAUCAAGUGCUACCAGAGAGCCAUCACUCUCAAUCCUGAUGAUUCUGAUUCUGGAGAAGCAUUCUGUGACCUGUUGGACCGAGAGGGGAAGGAGAGCUUGGAGUUGGCCGCGUGCCGCGAUGCCUCUAACAAGUCACCGAGGGCUUUCUGGGCUUUCCGCAGAUUGGGAUACCUGCAGCUCCAUCAUAAGAAAUGGUCUCAAGCCGUGCAGAGCCUUCAACAUGCCAUUCGAGGAUACCCUACCUCGGCUGAUUUAUGGGAAGCUCUUGGUCUUGCAUACCAGCGACUUGGCAUGCUCACUGCUGCUAUUAAGGCCUAUGGUCGAGCUAUCGAAUUGGAUGAUGCAAGAAUAUUUGCACUUGUCGAAAGUGGAAACAUAUUUUUGAUGCUUGGUUCAUAUAGAAAAGGAUUGGAACUUUUUCAGCAAGCUGUGAAGAUCACACCUCAGAAUGUGUCUGCACAUUAUGGGCUUGCUUCUGGACUGCUUGGUUUGUCAAAGGAGUGUAUUAAUUUGGGUGCAUUUAGGUGGGGCGCUUCACUAUUAGAGGAUGCAUGUACAGUUGCAAGAACGAGUGCUGAUCUAGAUGGAAAUAUAUCUUGUAUUUGGAAAUUGCAUGGUGAUAUUCAGCUAAUGUAUGCAAGAUGUCUUCCAUGGACGGAGAAGAGCCAGGGUGUAGAACUUGAGGCAGAAACUUUCAGUAACUCUAUUCUUACCUGGAAGAGGACCUGCUAUUCAGCUGCCAUCUCAGCUAGAAAAUCUUAUCAGCGAGCAUUGCACUUGGCCCCUUGGCAAGCUAAUAUAUAUACUGAUAUAGCAAUAACUUCAGAUCUCAUCUCUGUGUUGGAUGAAAACUGUAAAAAUGAUCCAAAUUCUUGGCAGCUAGCAGAGAAGAUGGCUUUGGGGGCUUUGCUACUUGAGGGUGACAACUAUGAGUUCUGGGUGGCUUUGGGAUGUUUAUCUCACCAUAGUGCAUUGAAACAACAUGCUUUGAUCAGGGGAUUACAGUUGGAUGUAUCUUUAGCUAUUGCUUGGGCAUAUCUAGGGAAGGUUCACAGAGAAGAGAAUGAAUAUAAAUUGGCAAAGCAAGCAUUUGACUGUGCGAGAAGUAUAGAUCCUUCACUUGCAUUACCAUGGGCGGGCUCGGCUGAUAGUUAUGAUAGGGAGCCCACACCAGAUGAGGCUUUUGAGAGCUGUUUACGAGCUGUACAAAUAUUGCCUCUUGCAGAGUUUGAAAUUGGCCUUGGUAGGCUUGCUUUGCUCUCAGGGAACCUUCAUCACCCACAGGUCUUUGGAGCUAUCGAGCAUGCGGUGCAGCGUGCUCCUCACUAUCCUGAAGCACAUAAUCUUCAUGGGCUAGUUUUUGAGGCAAGAUUAAAUUAUCAUGCUGCUAUUACUUCGUACCGGCUCGCACGCUGCGUGCUCAGUUUUUCUUUCAGUAAUGUCCCUGCUGCAAAUUUCCAAGACAUAUCAAUUAAUUUGGCCAGAACACUUUGCAAAGUAGGGAAUGCUGCAGAUGCAGUGCGAGAAUGUGAAGAUUUAAAAAACAAAGGUAUGCUUGGUCCGGAAGGUUUGCAAAUAUAUGCUCUUUCUUUAUGGCAACUUGGCAAGCAUGAUCAGGCCCUCUCUGCCACAAGAAAUCUUGCUGCAAGUGUUUCUACAUUGAAAGGGACAUCUGCAGAUGCAUCUGUUAGCUUAAUCUGUAGACUACUGUACUACAUUGCUGGAAUGAAUUCAGCAAUCACUAGCAUUCAGAAGAUGCCAAAAGAAUUUUUUCAGAGUUCAAAAAUUAGCUUUAUAGUAUUGGCCAUCCAUGCUCUCGAUCAAAAUGAUCAACUUCACUCACUUGUUUGUAGCAAUUGUUACAUUGAUGCAUCUCAUGAAGAGAGCAUUGGAAUGCACUACUUGAUAGCUCUUGGUGAACUUGUUAAACGUGGAUCUGGACAUUGCCUCGGUUAUCAUAGCGGAGUUGCUCACCUUAGAAAGGCUCUUCACAUUUACCCUAAUAGUAAUUUGAUAAGGAACAUCCUCGCUUAUCUUUUGUUAUCAAGUGAAGAAGUGAAAGAUAAUCAUACUUCUAGUAGGUGCUACACCAUAGAUGCUUCUUACUAUCCAUGUAAGGAAGGUCCAAAGUCAGCGUGGGAGGUCUUUGGUACUGGAACAGUUGCUUGCAAUGUGAGUGGCAAUGGUGAUCCAAAGUUUUCUUUCCCAACAUGCAGUUGCCAAGGCCUGAAUGGACCUGUUGCUGUCCAAGAGCUGCAAAAAUGCUUACGCCGAGAACCUUGGAACAAUAAUGCGAGAUUCUUGCUUAUACUUGGUUUGUUUCAGAAGGCACGUGAACAGAGAUUUCCACAACAUCUCUGUAGGAUGCUUGACCGGCUAAUAUCUGUGGCUCUGUCCGAUGAAAUUUAUUCCAAAAAAGAUACAUCAUAUCAAUAUCGAAGUUUUCAGCUUCUGCUUUGUGCCUCAGAGAUGAGUUUGCAAUGCAGGAAUGUCCUAGACUGUAUCAACCAUGCUAAAACUGCUUCCACAUUUUCACUUCCUGAUAGCUACCUGUUUUUCGCACAUUUGCAAUUAUGUCGUGCCUAUGCCAUAGAAGGUGACUUUAGAAACCUUCAGGAAGAAUAUGAAAAAUGCUUGCAUCUUAAGACAUCUUACCACAUUGGCUGGAUAAGUCUAAAACUAGUUGGAUCUCAAUAUGGUGUCCAAGCUGAUCGGAGUAUCUUAGAGUUGUACUUUCAGGAAUGCUCAACAGAGGGCAAAAGUUCACCGAGUAUGUGGAUGGCUGUUUUUAAUUUAGUGCUGGGUUUGGUUUCCAUAUGGAACCAAGACUUUCUUUCUGCAGAAGAGCUUCUUGCACAAGCUUGUUUGAUGGCUGGUUCUGAGAGCUGUCUUCUUCUGUGUCAUGGUGCCAUAUGUAUGGAACUUGCACGGCAGUAUUGUGAUUCACAAUUCCUGUCACGGGCUAUAAGGAGUCUUAACAAAGCUCAAGUUCAUUCCACUGUUCCCCUGCCUAUUGCCUCAGCACUGUUGGCUCAAGCAGAAGGAAGUCUCAAAUCCAGAGAAAAAUGGGAAAAAAACCUCCGUCUUGAAUGGUUUUCCUGGCCACCAGAAAUGAGGCCAGCGGAACUCUUUUUUCAAAUGCAUUUGCUUGCACGGCAGUUGAAAGAUGAAGCCAAAUGUACAUCUACCGUGGAGUCUUGGCAGAGCCCGGAGAAAUGGGUUAUUCGCGCAAUCCAUACAAAUCCUUCUUGUUCAAGGUAUUGGAAGAUCUUGCAAAAGCUCGUGCAGUGAUUGGAAACUCAAAGAGGAAACUCUUAGGAGAUAAUCUUGCCCCACUGGUUUCAGUCUGUAUCGUGUGACAUCAUAUGAUGUGGAGCUCCUGUAAUCUACUUCCUAGUCUGAUUUCUUAGGACUUUUACUGAUUUCCUGGGUCUUGUGGAGUUCAAUGGAAUCUUUUUCUCUACAAAAGAUUGUAAACAAUUUCAGUGCCCUCGUGGCCAAGUGGGGGCUUUUGCUUGGCUUACUGCUGUUUAAAGUAAAUCGGGUAUAGUAAAAAAUAAUUUCAAUUCU